GCUGUAGUGCUUGGUUUGUUUCAUACAAUGUUUUGUUCUCCUCACUUCAAAAGAAGCAAAUGAUAAAGCAGAAAGGGCUUCUCUACACAUCCUCUUAGACUGGGUGUCCAGAUUCCACAUCUCCAAACAACAGCCAGUCUCCCUAUACUUCUUGGAAACACACUUCCUGAAAGCUGAAUGAACCUGUGAAGGAGACCAGUGAAGAACCACAGCAGCUCUCGGUCUGUACUGUCCACAGCAACCAGGUUUCACAGCAACAGUUCUACUAACUUCCUUAUAUAGUGUACAGCAUCUGCAUAUACAUCGUCUGCUGCCAUGAAGAUAUUGUUUAAAUUACAGACUCUAAAAUCCUUGUCUUUGAAGUUUCAUCAUAGAGUUUUCCAUGAACACCCAAGGUUGCUUGCCUCUGAUGUAUAUUCACAGUAUCAGUCUGUGAGGCGGGGUCAACAAGAAAUUCCAAAGUACUUUAACUUUGCAAGUGAUGUACUGGACAAAUGGUCUGAGAUUGAAAAGACUGGAAAGAGAGCAUCAAACCCUGCCUAUUGGUGGACAGAUGGAAAAGGAGAAGAAGUGAAGUGGAGCUUUGAAGAGCUGGGAUUCCUGUCUCGGMAAGUGGCCAAUGCACUGACUAAAGUAUGCAGGAUACAAAAGGGGGACAGAAUUAUUGUGAUCCUGCCACGGAUCCCAGAAUGGUGGCUGAUGAACGUGGCUUGCAUGCGUACAGGAAUUGUCUUUAUUCCAGGAAUAUCCCAAUUAACAGCCAAAGACAUAUUAUAUCGACUGCAGGCUUCAAAGGCCACUUGCAUCGUCACCAAUGACACCCUGGCUCCUGCAGUGGAUUCAGUAGCAUCUGAGUGUCAGUUUCUGAAAAACAAGCUAAUUGUGUCCAAAGGCAGCAGGGAGGGAUGGAUCAACUUCACUGAUUUGUACAGGAACCAGUCUGAUGACCAUUCCUGUGUCAAAACAAGCAUUCAAGACCCAAUAUGUAUCUUCUUUACCAGUGGAACCACAGGUUCUCCAAAGAUGGCUGAACAUUCCCAGGGUAGUCUUGGUUUCAGACCCCUGUUGGGUGAAAGGUACUGGUUGGAUAUGACUCCCUCAAACAUAAUAUGGAACACAGCAGACACAGGCUGGAUAGUAACUUCAGUGGCAUCUGUUUUUGAUCCCUGGGUUUUUGGAUCAUGUGUCUUUAUACACCGCCUCCCACAGAUCGAAUCAUCCACCAUCCUAAAUACUCUCUCUAGAUACCCUGUGGACACUCUGUUCGGUGCUCCGACAUUGUUUCGUAUGCUGGUGCAGAACGAUUUCUCCGGCUACAAAUUCAGGAACCUAAAGCGCUGUGUCAGUGGUGGGGAGCCAGUCAACCCAGAAGUCAUGGAGCAGUGGAAAAGCAAGACGGGACUGGACAUCCGUGAAAUAUAUGGCCAGACUGAAAUGGGAAUAAUCUGCGCUGUUUCUGAAGCAAUGAAGGUUAAACCUGGAUCAAUGGGAAAAGCAGCUGCCUUAUAUGAUGUUCAGAUCAUAGAUAAAAAUGCUAAUAUUCUGCCUCCAGGACAAGAGGGGGAAAUUGCUAUCAGAAGCAAACCUAUAAGACCACUUGGUUUCUUCUCUAAAUAUGUAGAUAACCCUAAGAAAACAGCAGAAAGUGAACGUGGGGAUUUUUAUCUCACUGGGGACAAAGGGACUGUAGAUGAAGAUGGAUAUUUUUGGUUUAUUGGAAGAGACGAUGAUAUCAUCAUUUCUGCAGGGUAUCGCAUUGGGCCAUUUGAAGUAGAGAGUGCCCUUAUAGAGCACCCAGCGGUAGCAGAAACAGCUGUUGUCAGCAGCCCAGAUCCCCUCCGGGGAGAGGUUGUGAAAGCAUUUGUGGUCCUAUCCUCUGGCUUUACAUGCGAUGACCAGGAGAGUUUAGCCCGUGAAUUACAGGAGCAUGUCAAGAAAACUACUGCUCCAUACAAGUAUCCCAGAAAGGUGGAAUUUGUCCAACAACUGCCAAAGACAGUCACUGGAAAGAUCAAGAGGAACGAGUUGAGGGAUAAAGAGUGGAAACGGGUAUAAAAUUGUUUGGAAACUAACAGAGUUUCUUUCAUUCAGUUAACACCAUGCAAAUUUCUCUGAUGUAACUGCUCCAUUAAGAUAGUGGUGAAACCAGUGAACAAGCUGUAAUCUCAUUUGGAUGAUCAUAUCUCUAUUUAACAUUUAGGUUUAUGAAUAAAUAUGUACUGUAUACAGCCUUGCUUGUCUCAGUUGCAUAUGCAAUAGUGCCAUGUUUUAAGGUUAUAUUAGUUCUUAGCAGUUCGUACUCAGGCAUUUUAAAAUUUCUGAGGUGAAUUUUCAUAAAUUGAUAAAAAUGUCUCAAGCCUUCAGCAGUCCUACUCAUUAAACAAAACAUAGCUGGGGAUCAGCAGCAUCUUUGGCCAGGAAAGAAAGUUUCUUGCAACUGUAUCUUACUGCUUGGAGUUCUCUGUCUGCUAUAAUCAGAGUGAAAUUUGAAGAAUGCCACUUUUGAGAAAAGAAAACAUGAGAUUAAACACUUUGGCUAUGUCAAGGAAACAAAUUCUGUACUAGUGUCUGC